GUGAUUAUAUUAAUGUGAACGACACUGUAGAUAUGUAAAGCCAACAUAACCAAUCAAUGAUCAGCUGUUAUCAACACAGUCAACCCUGAAAAUCAACACACAACAAACGCGUGGCAGGCGGCAGUGACAGCUUCGAUGGAUUGCGACGAUUACCACGUACUCACUCCGAUGUUUUUUUUCGCCAAGUUAUAUUCGCUUUCCUAGCGAUAGAUAUACUUCAUUAAACGAAUUUUCUUGCGUGUUUCCCUGCGUUUCGGUAAUUUUUUGUAUAGUGUAAUUUCACAAUCUCACAAUGGCAACGGGAGAUCAGAAACGCGUCGCUCUCAUUACCGGCAUCACUGGGCAGGAUGGCUCGUAUUUGGCCGAGUUCCUUAUUGAAAAAGGUUACGAGGUUCAUGGUAUUAUUAGAAGAGCAAGUUCAUUCAAUACCACCAGAAUACAGCAUCUUUAUGAAGAUCCUAAUAGUCACAGACAGGGAAAGAUGAAACUUCAUUAUGGCGAUAUGACAGAUUCUAGUAGUCUUGUUAAAGUAAUUAGCAAAGUUCAACCUACUGAAAUCUACAAUUUAGCUGCUCAAAGCCAUGUCAAGGUAAGUUUUGAUUUAAGUGAAUACACAGCUGAAGUCGAUGCUGUUGGCACAGUAAGAUUGCUAGAUGCUGUACAAACGUGUGGAUUAGAAAAAUCAGUCAAAUUUUAUCAAGCUUCUACUUCUGAACUUUAUGGGAAAGCCAGUGAGGUGCCUCAGAAUGAAAAGACUCCAUUUUAUCCACGAUCACCUUAUGCUUGUGCCAAGAUGUAUAGUUUUUGGAUUGUUAUAAACUACAGAGAGGCAUAUGGUAUGCAUGCCAGCAAUGGUAUACUCUUUAACCAUGAAAGUCCAAGGCGAGGUGAAAAUUUUGUAACCCGAAAGAUCACUAGAACAAUAGCAAAAAUACACUUGGGCUUACAAGAUGUAUUGGAGCUAGGAAAUUUGGAUGCUAAAAGAGAUUGGGGACAUGCUAAGGAUUAUGUUGAAGCAAUGUGGUUAAUGCUACAACAAGAUGUCCCAGAUGAUUAUGUGAUAGCUACAGGUGAAACGCACAGUGUAAGGGAAUUUGUUGAAGAAGCAUUCCAGUUUGUUGGAAGAAGUAUUAAAUGGGAAGGUAAAGGUGUAGAGGAAGUUGGAAAAGAUGCAAGUAGUGGACAAAUACUUGUAAAAGUUAAUCCUAAAUAUUUUCGUCCAACAGAAGUUGAUCUUCUGAUGGGAGAUGCGACAAAAGCAAAGAAAACAUUGGGCUGGACACCAACUGUGUCAUUCCAAGAACUUGUGGUUGAUAUGAUGACUGCUGAUUUGGAAUUGAUGAGAAGAAAUCCAGUAGCAUAAUUAUAGGAAGACUAAUUUUUUUUUUAACCAGUGUGAUCUGUAUUGAAUUUCGCGCAAAUAGUUAUAGAAACAACGAGAUGCUGUGGAAAUUUCAAGGUGCAAAACUGUAAGAGUGUACAUUUUUUUUAGAAUAAUUUACAUGUUUUUAUGUGCGUGUGUAAGAUUACCCUGGGGAAAAUAUUUUUGUACUGAACGUAUAAAAUUUAUUACAAAUUUCUGAUAAAAUGCAAUGAAAAUAGUGAAAACAUGAAACAUUCCAUUUGUUCAACCUGAUUUUUUAUAAUCUCUUGUAUCUUUUUAAUAGAGAUGAUUUUCUUGAAUUGUAUAUAGAAGAGUGACUUUUGCAUUUUUGUAAUUUCCCAGUUUUUAAACAGUAUUCAAAAUGUUUCACUACUUUCAUCACAUAUUAUUUCUAAAUUCUGAAAUACCUGUGUGCAAUAAUAUUUAUACGUUUUUACGUAAUUUUCACCAGAAGAAAUGUGUCGAGUUAUAAGAUUAUCUAUUGAAUUUUAACUAGCGUAAUACACAUUUUUAACUUGUAAAUAAUAAAUAUCGAUGAAGUAAACGUGCAUAGCUAAAGUUAAUUAAAGUCAUCGUAAAGUUG